AUGACUCCACAGCAUUAUUCAUCGAAUAAAUGUGAUCAAUUCAAUGAUUCAACGGAACAUUGUUCAAUUUCCAAUAAAACACCAACUUACAUUGAUUCAAUAAAUUUUACAAAAUCAUUCAAUUUCUAUCCAAUCGAUUCAAUGAACAUGUAUUCUGCAUUGAAUGAACGUGAUAAUUAUACUUUUGGCGUUCAAUCAGAUUUUAUUAAAUCUUCAGAGAAUUUAAUAUCACAUAUUCAUAAUUUUAAUCAAACAACUGAUAUAGGUCAAUAUUUUCAUCAUACAAACUGUUCAUCAAGAGUAGUCGAUACAAUGAAUAGUUCUACUGUUACCAACACUACUGAUAUUAGUGUUAAUGUUACUACAACAACAACUACUAUUACUACUACUACCACUACUAACACCAUAACUAGCACUACUGCUAAUACUCCUACUACUCCGCUUACUACAAACAAUCAAAGUAAUAAUCCUACUGUUAAUUACACUAAUAUAUUACCACUUUAUUCUAAUCAAUUGAAUAAUAAAUAUUUAACCAAUGUAGAUGACGACAAUCAAACAAUUGCCAAUUAUCAUACCAAUAAAAUGAUGCAUAGAGAACAUUGUGAAAAUAAUGAAUUUGCCCUGUCAGUACCAUUUCAUAAUACACAUCCUGCAUCACAAUAUUAUCCACAUAUUUCCACUGUACCUGUUGUUACUUCAGUACCUCAGCAACAACACCACCCCCAUCACCAUCAGCAACAACAGCAACAACAACAGCAAACACACCAAUCACAUUUGAAUCCAACUCAACAAUCACAAAACACCACCACCACCACUACUACCACCACUAACAACAAUUACACGCAUACAGCAGCGACUACAUCGCCUAGAAUGAAAGAAAAAUCCAAAAAUGCCGCUCGUACAAGACGUGAAAAAGAAAAUACUGAAUUUUACGAAUUAGCUCGACUUCUGCCACUUCCCAGUGCGAUUACAUCACAAUUGGAUAAAGCCUCGAUUAUACGCUUGACAACGAGUUAUUUAAAAAUCAGAACUAUAUUUCCCAAUGGUUUCGGUGAUAAUUGGAAUUAUUCCCAUGCAAUAUCGAAUCACGUGAUCGAAAGAGAGUUGGCUCCUAAUAUAUUUAAGUCAAUGGAUGGUUUCAUUUUCAUUGUAUCACUCGAGGGGAGAAUUUUGUACAUAUCAGAAACAGCUUCUGUUCUACUGGGUUUGUCUCAGGUUGAAAUGACCGGAAAUGAAAUGACCGAAUAUUUACAUCCAUUGGAUCAUGAUGAAUUGAAACAGAUACUCACUAUACAUCCAUCGGAAAUUGCUGCCAAUGCUGGUCAAUCAGAGUUCACAGUGGAACGAAGUUUCUUUUUGCGUGUAAAAUGUGUCUUAGCUAAACGAAAUGCUGGAUUAACUACAGCUGGUUUUAAAGUAAUACACUGUAAUGGGCAUUUACGUGUUCGUGUUAUUCACUUAGAUGGCUAUCAGUAUUAUCAAAAUUUAGGCUUAAUAUCAUUUGCCUAUGCAAUUCCUUCACCGAAUACAAAUAAUACAGAAAUACGCUUAAGUAUGGAUAUGUUCAUGUUCCGUGCCAGUCUUGACUUGAAAUUAAUCUUUUUAGAAGGCAGUGAAAUUGAAUAUGGUGACUAUUGUCUAUUAAAUGAUCCGCUGGUUUAUGACGAUCAACACCAACCAACCAAAACGAACCAUUUGUUGACAAGUUCACCGCCCCCGCCACCCCCGCCACAGCCACCAACAUCAUCACAAUUGUUAAACAAAACCACUACCAACGAUUCAAAACAUAAGCUGAAUGACUACUACCAAAAUGAAUAUACUGUUCGAAUGUCUUACAGGGAACAUGAUGAUAUUGCACGUAAACGUACACGUCGAUGUAACACUACUGACAAUACUAAUCAUCAAGAGAUUAUCAGUAUGAAUGUCAUUACUAAUAACGGUAAUAUGCAUGAUAGUAAUAACACUAAUUCACUGAAAUCUGACAUGAUGUCAACUCAUUCAACAAAUACUACCAUGGACAAUUAUUUCAAUGGUCAUGAUCAAUCGAAUUUGAAAUCGAUGCUGUCUAUUGAUGCCUCACAACGUGCCUAUGAAUUAUGGACAGCUGAAAUGCAUAAACAACAAGAAUAUUCAAAUCAGAAACACGCUACAAUUUAUUCAGAGAAAAUACAUAAAUUAUAUAAUUGUACAUCGUCCGAUUAUCCAAUGUACAAUGAAUGUUCCAAAGAGAAUGACAAUCAUCAAUCACUUAUGCAAUGGUCUCAUGUGAAUUUCAAUGCAGACAAUCGAUCACAUCCUCAAAAUUGUCAUGACCACCAAAAUGAAUCACAUUUGUUAACAAAUCGAUUUACAAUUAAUACAGAAGAAACAAACGGAGCUGGAGUAACACUAUUAUUACCUACCUCAUCAGAAAUAACAACAAAGUUGGAAAAUGAUACAAAUUUCUCUGGUGAAAAGUUAAAUCUACCACAACAAAAAGAUUUUGACAAUAGAACAGAGUCUAUGGUAAAUUUUAAUAAUGAAACCAAUGAGACUGGAUUUCAGAAUAACAAACAUUCAAUGGUGAAUAAUUUAGGGCGAGUAGGUAUAACAGUUGAAACAGAACAGGGGGAUGUGAAUGGCGGUGAGGCAGAAGAAGAAGAAGACGAGGACGAAGAGGAAGAGGAAGAAUAUAAUGAUGAUGAUGAGGAGGAGGAGGAGGAAGAAGAAGAAAAUGCAGAUGACCAAGAAGACAACCAGUGA